UCGAUAUUUAUCUAAUCUAAUCUGUGCUAGGCAGUCUUUCUCCGAGGCCACUGUAGCUAGCCGGCUAAGCUAAGCUAAACUAAGCUAAGCUAAGCUAAGCUAACGACAAUGCAGGUUGAAACAGCAGGAAUCCGAAUGUCCGAGAGUGACGGCAGGCUGGAAUUACACACACACAGCUCGUUCAGGACGACCUCCAAAAGCUGGCAGUACAGUGAUCACAUGGAAAAUGUGGACGGGUAUUUAAUGAAGUACACAAAUCUGGUGACUGGAUGGCAGUAUAGAUUCUUUGUGCUGAACAACGAAGCGGGUCUGCUGGAGUAUUUCGUAAACGAGCAGUCCAGACAGCAGAAGCCCAGGGGCACGCUGCCUCUAGCGGGUGCAGUGAUCUCCCCCAGCGACGAGGACUCGCACACCUUCACCGUCAAUGCCAUCAGCGGGGAGCAGUACAAACUCAGAGCUGCCAAUGCUAAAGAGAGGCAACACUGGGUGAGCAGGCUGCAGAUCUGCACCCAGCAUCACACAGAGGCGAUGGGCAAGACAAACCCACCACUAAAGACCCGCAGUCUCUCUGCGGCCUCGCAGGGCAGUACCAGUUCCCCGGCGUCCCAGCGCAGGAUGAACCAGAACACUGGCUCGCUGUUCAACCGUGGAUCCUCGACCUACGCCAGCAAGCGUCUGACGAUACGUGACCAUCUGGUGGAGGCUCGGGAGAUGAUGAGCCAGGCGCAGGACCAACACAGAGACUUAGUGCAGUGCAUCGAGCGCCUGCCAGCCAGCCAUAACCCCUCCCCGCUGGAUCAGGACCUCCUGCUGCUCAAAGCCACCUCCCUGGCCACGAUGAGCUGCCUCAGUGAUUGCCUGCACAUACUGCAGCUGCAGCAGGUGGCUCGGCACAAAGUCCCUCUGGGAGGGUCCGGUGACAUGAGCAGCUCAGAACAAGGCUUCGUUUGCCCCGCAGGGCCGACCAUCGAGUGGCUGGAGCCCAAACUGCCAGAGGUCCUGAACAAUGGUGGCACCCUGGCCAGCAUCGGAGACGACGGCAAGACGCGAGGCGAGGAUUCAGAAUCGGCCGAGAUGGAGUCCUGCGACAUUGCUGGGGAGCAGGAGGAUAUUGAUACAGAAGAGGAACAGGAAGACACCUUAUCGGUUGAGGAAGAGGAAUUGGGAGCGGUAGAGGAAGAACGCAGCGUGAUCCUGCACCUUCUCUCUCAGCUUAAACUGGGCAUGGACCUUACCAGGGUGGUCCUUCCUACCUUCAUCCUGGAGAAGCGUUCUCUGCUAGAGAUGUACGCAGACUUCAUGUCGUACCCCGACCUUUUCGUGGCCGUAACCGACGGCUCCAGUCCCAUGGAGCGCAUGGUCCGAUUCGUGGAAUAUUACCUGACUUCGUUCCACGAAGGCCGCAAGGGUGCCAUUGCCAAGAAGCCGUACAACCCCAUCAUUGGCGAGACGUUCCACUGCUCCUGGAGAGUGCCAAAGAGUGUGCCGCCUCAAGAAGGCAUUCAGAAAGAGGGUUCCGGUGCUGCUCAGGACUGCCACCAUGUGCGCUUUGUGGCCGAACAGGUCUCUCACCACCCGCCUGUCUCGGGCUUUUAUGCUGAAUGUCCGGAGAGGCAGAUGUGUGUAAACACGCACGUGUGGACAAAGAGCAAGUUCAUGGGAAUGUCUAUUGGUGUUUCCAUGAUUGGAGAAGGUAAUCUGCACUUGUUAGAGCACGGUGAAGAGUACACGUUUACUUUACCGUCAGCUUACGCCCGCUCCAUCCUCACCGUACCCUGGGUGGAGCUGGGCGGAAAAGUCAACGUCAACUGCGCCAAGACUGGCUACAGCGCAACCAUCACCUUUCAGACCAAGCCUUUCUAUGGCGGCAAGCUGCACAGAGUGAGUGCCGAGGUAAAGCACAACCCCACCAACUCAGUAGUGUGUCGCGUGCAGGGGGAAUGGAACGGGAUCCUCGAGUUCAGCUACAGCAGCGGCGAGACGCGCGUCAUGGACGUCACCAAGCUGCCCAUAACCAGGAAACGGGUGCGGCCGACCGAGAAGCAGGGACCGUACGAGUCCAGGCGACUGUGGCGGCAUGUGACCGAGUCCCUGAAGCAGAAAGACAUGGAAAAGGCCACAGAGCACAAGCGCUUUCUGGAGGAGAGACAAAGGAAGGAGGAAAGACACCGCAUUGAGACGGAAACCUCAUGGAGGACCAAAUACUUUGAACGAAAAGGUGAAGGCUGGGUAUAUCACAAGCCGCUGUGGAAGAGUGUUCCAGUGCGGAGUCCCUCCCCGGCAGCCGCCCAGCCUAAUCCCUGACCACGGUUUGAACCCUGCUGAUCCCUCACCUGCAGGAUCCUGAUUCUCCGAGCUGUUCCUGGGUUUAAUUCUCCCUCUCUUACAAAUGAAGGCACACACCCAGAAAACUCACGAUUCCUUCUUAAUGAUUCCUUAUAUUACGUAAUUAUGGAUGUAAUUACUGCUCUGUGGACAGGAGCGGAUGACCGGAGUGUUCUCCACCGGCAAGAAACUGAUGUUCAUAGUCGGCGUCCCUGGUUUGCUAGUUUUUUUAUGUUCAGUAUAACCGUGAAUGAUUCAGAUCCACAAGGGGGGUCCUGGUGUGCACUGAUGUAUGUAUGUGGUUGAUGUUGCCUUAAUGGGGAUGCUGACAGCAUGUGGAAAAAUGUUCAUGAUGAUGAUGAUGCCUAAUCUGUGAAGAUCGUGUUGGAGAAUGCUUUAUUAAAAUCACUCGAUCUUAUUAUAGAAUGCUGUUAUCUGACCAUGUGGUGGGUCAGAGGUUUUCCAGUUUGUGUAAAAUCUUAUUUGAUGUGCUGUGAUGAUCAGCAGAAAAUACACUGAUCAGCCAUAACAUUAAAACCACCUCCUUACCAUAUAGAAGCACAAUUACUGACUGUAGUCCAUCUGUUUCUCUGCAUGCCUUGUU